AUGGCGUCCGACGAGAUCGUCUGGUCAAUCAUCAACCAACAGUUCUGCUCCUUCAAACUCAAACUCCCCGGCAACUCCUCCCACCAAAAGUCCACCAAGCAAACCUUCUGUCGCAACGAGCACAAUGUCACCGGCCUCUGCAACCGGCAGAGCUGCCCGCUGGCCAACUCCCGCUACGCCACCAUCCGCUCCGACCCGGCGACCGGGCGACUCUACCUCUACAUGAAGACGGUCGAGCGCUCCCACAUGCCGAACAAAUGGUGGGAGAAGAUCCGGCUCAGCAGCAACUACGCCAAAGCGCUCGAGCAGGUCGACGAGCGGCUGAUCUACUGGCCGAAGUUCCUCAUCCACAAAUGCAAGCAGCGCCUCACGCGGCUGACCCAGGUCCGCGUGCGCGCGGCGAAGCUGGCCAAGGAGGAGGACCGCCUCGGAGAGCGGAUGGUGUCGAAGCUGGCGCCCAAGAUCCGGCGCAGGGAGGAGACGAGGGAGAGGAAGGCGGAGGCCGCCGCGAAGAUCGAGAGGGCGAUCGAGCGGGAGUUGGUCGAGCGGUUGCGGAGCGGCGCGUACGGCGAUCGGCCGCUCAACGUGGAGGAGAACGUGUGGAAGAAGGUCAUGCGGGGGCUGGAGCGCAGCCAGGAGGGCGUGCUGGACGAGGACCUCGACGACGGGGAGGUGGAGGAGGACGAGAACCUGGAGAGGGAGUACGAGCGGGAGGGGGGCCAGGAGGAAGCGGACGUGGAAUACGUCAGCGAUGUGGAGGAGUCGGACGACGAGGAGGACAUGGAGGACUUCGACGACUGGCUCGGGGGCGAGAGCGCGGACGAGCAGGCCCACGGCGGCGCGUCGAGCGAGGAGGACGGCGACGACGCCAGCGGCGCCGACGGGGACGACGACGACGCCGACGCGGCCGCGCUCAAGAAGAAGCUGGACAGCCUCAAACGCAAACGACCCGGCGCGCCGCCGCCCAAGUCGCGGAAGAAGUCGUCCAAGGGCCCCCGGACGAACAUCGAGUACGACUACGUGCAAGAGCCCGCGCCCCGGGAGAUGCUCGUGGCCAAGUGA